CUAUCACCUACCGAUUUUGGCAUUGUCGGGUUGACGAGAUGGGCUGGUGAUGAUGAGACAUGCGUAAGAGGGCUGUGGUUAUCACACAUGCGUCCUAUUUCCCUCCCCUUCCUUUUUGCCCGACGUGUGGCAAAUUGCCAGUUUCACGGUUGAGACAUGCAGACCGGAGCAUACACCCGUACGAAGACGACCCGCGUCCCUGGGUCGUGAUGCCCGGGAAAAGGUUUGUCAACGAGGAGUGGGGGAAGAGAGAUCACGAUGACGAUGAUGAUGAGGCGAACAGGUGAGACAUGCGGCAUUGGCUUGAGCGGGUAUUCGUAGUCUUGGAUCAAGUGGUUCACGGCUCUGGCCCGGGGGAGAUGAGAG